GCUUCUGCCCGGGCCCCUGCUGUUGCUGCUGUCGCCUGCGCCUGCUGCCCCAACUCGGCGCCCGACUUCUUCAUGGUGUGCGGAGGUCAUGUUCGCUCCUUAGCCGGCAAACGACUUUUCUCCUCGCCUCCUCGCCCCGCAUGUUCAGGACCAAACGAUCUGCGCUCGUCCGGCGUCUCUGGAGGAGCCGUGCGCCCGGCGGCGAGGACGAGGAGGAGGGCGUGGGGGGUGGCGGCGGAGGAGGCGAGCUGCGGGGAGAAGGGGCGACGGACGGCCGGGCUUAUGGGGCUGGUGGCAGCGGUGCGGGCAGGGCAGGCUGCUGCCUGGGCAAGGCAGUCCGAGGUGCCAAAGGUCACCACCAUCCCCAUCCCCCAACCUCGGGUGCCGGGGCGGCCGGGGGCGCCGAGGCAGAUCUGAAGGCGCUCACGCACUCGGUGCUUAAGAAACUCAAGGAGCGGCAGCUGGAGCUGCUGCUUCAGGCCGUGGAGUCCCGCGGCGGAACGCGCACCGCGUGCCUCCUGCUGCCCGGCCGCCUGGACUGCAGGCUGGGCCCGGGGGCGCCCGCCAGCGCGCAGCCCGCGCAGUCGCCCUCGUCCUACUCGCUCCCCCUCCUGCUGUGCAAAGUGUUCAGGUGGCCGGAUCUCAGGCAUUCCUCGGAAGUCAAGAGGCUGUGUUGCUGUGAAUCUUACGGGAAGAUCAACCCCGAGCUGGUGUGCUGCAACCCCCAUCACCUUAGUCGACUCUGUGAACUAGAGUCUCCCCCUCCUCCUUACUCCAGAUACCCAAUGGAUUUUCUCAAACCAACUGCAGAUUGUCCAGAUGCUGUACCUUCCUCCGCCGAAACUGGGGGAACGAAUUAUCUGGCCCCUGGGGGGCUUUCAGAUUCCCAACUUCUUCUGGAGCCUGGGGAUCGGUCACACUGGUGCGUGGUGGCAUACUGGGAGGAGAAGACGCGUGUGGGGAGGCUCUACUGUGUCCAAGAGCCCUCCCUGGAUAUCUUCUAUGAUCUACCUCAGGGGAAUGGCUUUUGCCUCGGACAGCUCAAUUCGGACAACAAGAGUCAGCUGGUACAGAAGGUGCGGAGCAAGAUUGGCUGUGGCAUCCAGCUGACGAGGGAAGUGGAUGGCGUGUGGGUUUACAACCGCAGCAGUUAUCCCAUCUUCAUCAAGUCCGCCACACUGGACAACCCGGACUCCAGGACGCUGUUGGUGCACAAGGUGUUCCCUGGUUUCUCCAUCAAGGCUUUUGACUAUGAGAAGGCCUACAGCCUGCAGCGGCCCAAUGACCACGAGUUCAUGCAGCAGCCGUGGACGGGCUUCACCGUGCAGAUUAGCUUUGUGAAGGGCUGGGGCCAGUGCUACACCCGCCAGUUCAUCAGCAGCUGCCCGUGCUGGCUGGAGGUCAUCUUCAACAGCCGGUAGUCGUGUGGGGAGGACAGGAUGGAGGGUGAGCCGAGCAGGCCACCGUUCAAACUACUUGCUGCUAACCUUUCCCGAGUGAUUGCUUUUCAUGCAAACUCUUUGGUCGGUUUUGUUGUUGCCAUUCAUUGUUGGUUUUGUUCUGUUCUGUUUUUUCCUUUCUUGUCACUCUUAACUUGUGUCUGGUUUGUCUUGUUCUUUGAGAAAUUAGCUUAUGAUGCGGAUUUUUGUUUUGUUUUUUGUUUUGUUUUUUGUUUUGUUUUGUUUUGAGGUGGUGGGUGUGGUUGGCAGGACACCCCGAUAAUGCGAAAAUGGGAAACAAGAGUCAGCACUGCCUUGGAUCAGCAUUUCAGUUGUCAGUGUGUAGGGGUGUACAUGAACGACAGAUGGGGGAAUGACGUGCUUUUUGUGUUCUUUAUGGAUGUCCCCAGCUGAGAGGCUUGCAGUUCCAAGCUGUGUGUCUCUCGAGCCUUUUGGACAUGCUCGGUGGGGCAGGGGCAGUACCUGGGCAGACUGGCAGCAGGUGUCCUAGCAGCUGCCAAACUCUGCUCCAGCCUGCCGAAGCUGCCUCGCCCCCACCCCCUUCCCCACAGGACACGGGCCUAUCCACAGGCUUCUGAGAAGCCAGCCUGCUAGAAGGCUGAACCAGAACCAAUUGUUUUCAUCCCUGUCUUACUGCCUCCUGUCACCCGCUGCCAUUGUCGAGUCUGUCUUUUUUGGCCAUCUGCUCCUGGAUCUCUCUCUUGAGAUGGGCUUCCCAAGGGCUGCCGGGACAGCCCCAGUCACAGUAUUGCUACCCCAGUACCCUCUCAGGCCCUUCCACCGGUCCCAGCCGUGGUUUUUCAUCAGGUUUCUCCCAGAUGUGGAAAGUCAGCUCAGUACCCCACCCCCCCAGCCUGUGUGCUGAGCUCUGUAGACCAGCGAGGGGCAUCAGGGAGGGACCUGCUCGGUGGCCCCCCCUUCCUGCUGAGAAGGGUAUAGCCCUGUGAUAACAAAGGUACAUCCUAGGCUGGCUGCCAGUCCUUCUCUCAGCUCAUACACUAGUAUGAUACUUUGACACUGUUCUUAGCUCAAUGAGCAUGUUUAGACUUUCACAUAAGCUAUUUUUCUAACUACAAAGGUUUAAAUGAACAAGAGAAGCAUUCUCAUUGGAAAUUUAGCAUUGUAGUGCUUUGAGAGAGGAAAGGACUCCUUAAAAAAAAGCUGAGAUUUAUUAAAGAAAAAUGUAUUUUAUGUUAUAUAUAAAUAUAUUAUUACUUGUAAAUAUAAAGACGUUUUAUAAGCAUCAUUAUUUAUGUAUUGUGCAAUGUGUAUAAACGAGAAGAAUAAAGAAAAGAUGCACUUUGCUUUAAUAUAAAUGCAAAUAACAUGCCAAAUUAAAAAAAAAGAUAAACACAAGAUUGGUGUUUUUUUCUAUGGGUGUUAUCACCUAGCUGAAUGUUUUUCUAAAGGAGUUUAUGUUCAUUAAACAAUUUUUAAAAUGUAUGCUGCA